AUGUUACUCAAGUAUCUGUAUUUGGGGUUGACAUUCACGCUCUUACAUGUGAAGCCAUUCAGUGGGGAAAAUCACAAUGACAAAAACCUGGAUAGAGAAGCCACGACUCAAGCACCAGACUUGGUUUUACCCAAAUCUGAAGUUCAAGUGAAUUUGAAUGAUGAUCUCAGUGAAGAAACAUUGAACACUGAAAGUAAUGAGACACUGAUAAUACCUAGCAAUAGUACACAAAAUGAAACGGAUAUUGACUAUGAGUUAAGUGAUAAUAACACCUUAAUUGAGGUUGAGACUACAACCUUACAUACAACUGAGGUUCCUACCUCUCCCAGUCCAGUGUAUGACAGUGAACUUAUUGUUGGUGAUUUUUGCCUGUGUAACCUGAAGGUUGGAUUUUGUGAUAUCAACUGUUGCUGUGAUGAAGACUGCAGUGCUGAUGAUAGAAGAGUGUUUUCUCAUUGUCAAAUGCGCCCUCAGGAUGUUCUGGAUAGUCGCUACUGCUUCCAGAAACAAAUUAUCUUCAGCAAUCAUACUGAGUACAAAGUAGAGUAUAUGCAAAAUGGAGUCUUGUGUAUAGUGACUGAUAAUAUGCCACAACGCACAACUUAUACUACUGUUAAGGGAGCAACAACUAUAGAGGAAUACAAGCAACUAAAGAGGAAUGAGAGGCAUUUUCCCUGGGAGAGCACUAACCAGGUUGUAGAGUUUGAAGUGGCUCCAUACACUGCUGGUUCACUUAUUUGGGCAGUUAAUGAGGAAGGAUAUCUCUUUAAUAUUGGGAUUCCAGACUCUGUUAUUGGGAAUGAAUGUGAAACCAUGGAAUCCUUGCACUUCCUCGAGGACACCCGAUCUUCGUGUAACCGAGUCUUCCAUUAUGUCAGUGAAGAGUGUGAAACUAAUAUGAUCUUCAAUGCCAUUAACUUUUUAUCUUUUUUUGUAGUGGCAGAUCCUAGUACUUUCAAUAAGAACUCAAGCACAGUUAGUCCAUCAGAACCCAUAGAAACUACAUCUUCCGUACCACCUACUUCUACAGCCUUAACUGAUACACUUGAGAAAAAUACAACAGAGCUUCCUAAUUUGGAUGAGACUAUGAACUAUACUGCCAAAGAGCAAACCUCAGCAAAAUUGAUAAAAACUAACGAACAAAAUGGGAAUCGACUAAGAAAUUUUGAUGAAUUAAAUGUUAAGAUACCAGUACCCCCAGAUUUUGGAAAUCUGUUUGAAGAUCAGUUGUUACCAGUCAAAGUAUUUUUAUGUCGUAUAGAAAAUAACGAAGAGAAAUGUACAGAAACAAAUAUAAAUUAUAUACCUCAGCCUGUAUAUACUUAUGGUGUAUGUCAAAAUGUAGCCCAAAGUAUUCAUUAUACAUUAAUACAUAAUGGUACAGAGGGCAUUACUGAUGUACAAGCCAAAGUAUACUUCACAAAUGUGACUGAUGUUAUGACACAUUUUACUAAUAACUUUGGUGUUGAAUAUAUUUGGGCAUCAUCAGAGCAUGAUGUUAUAUUUAAGAGAAGUGGUCACCCAGGCUAUAUUAUUGGAAAGCCAAUUCUAUUAGGAAAGCUGGUUACUAAUGUCACAGAGGAAGGUGACUUGAAAGAAGCCAUCUACCUUGACACUGACCCUAGACAGUGGUUAACUAUGCUUGCCCCUGGAAGAGAAGGAAGAUGUGAUUCACGUUCUCAGGUUACCUUUGGGGAAGAGAUGAGAACAGGUUGCAUUAUUCAGUUGAAGCAAGAAGACUUCAGUGACUGUCAACUGUUGCAGCAUCAGUUCCUUAAACUUCUUCUUGGGCACAUUAGAAGUAACACUAAUGAACUGCGUAUUGCAACCUUCGGUGAUUCAGAUGUCAAUAAUGCUGCAGAUUGGAUACCCAUCCUGAUACCUGAAGAGCCUAGAUCUGGAGCUUAUUUGAGUCAUGAACUGGGGGUAAGCAAGUGUUUUGAUCUCAUCUUGUCCUUGCACUUCGAAAUUGCCUUCAGUCAACAAGGAUCUCUAGCUAAUCCUCAAGCCAAGGUUAUUGGCAUUGUUCUGCACUACGGAGAACCACAGAGUAUCGAAUUUACUUGUGGGAGCUUAGGGUGCCAAAAUGCCCUUUUACAGGACCAAACACCACUAGUAGAACUGGUAUCAUCAGUGUCAUUCGUGGAGGUAACUCAGGCACCACAGCCUGCUUAUUCACAACCUCCAACUCUGGAUGUAAAACUUCCAUAUGACUUCUUUUACCCAUUCUUGCCAUCAUCGUCAUCAGUACCUUUACUUCAUGGAAAGUUCAUACUUGUAUGGAAUACGUUACUGUUAGUGGUACUUACUUUGUGGCGGACGUAUUGAAAUGUUCUUUUAUUUUUGUUUGAAUACUAUACUGUCCAGGUGUAUUAAAGGGAUUUUUUCUCUGGUUAAGAUACCCUCCUCCUGGUGACUCAUUGUUCAUACUCUAACGGUUUCAUCGAGUUCUAGAACAGUUGACUGCCCCAAUGUGGCAGUGAAAAUGAUCGUCAAACUUCAAAUGCCAAAAAUCUGACAAAAGCACUCAAUGUUUUAGUUGAAUUGUGUGAGUCAGAAAUGUCAGCCAUAGUUAUUGGAUGUAUGAAUACCAUUAUGAUUGCCUCACCAGAUACUGUACUAUGGAGUCUAAAUGUGUGAUAGAUGGUCAGGUGAUCCAACGAAAAUAUACAACAGUGGAUGAACAUUUCUCUGAUGGUUGUGUUUUCACAGUUGACUUUAUCUGUGUACUGUACUCUAAAAUAUUGAUAUUUCUUAGCUUUUAUUUCUAACACAUACAGUACAGGUACUCUGUAAUUAAAGGGGCAUUAUUCCACUGUUGUACCCUAUGGAUUUUUUUUUAACUAUAACCCCGUACAGUACUGUAUAUCUUUUCAGUGCCUUUGUCCUUGGGUUUCUUUCCAUCCAGAUAGUACAGGUAUUUUUAAGGCAGCUGGCAGUACACUAUAAGCAAGUUGGAAGCAAAGGAUUAAAAGAGCAUUUGUUAGCAUUGUAAAGAUGGUAAGGAUUUAGUGAGUCUCUCUAUGAAGGAUAUUAGAAUACUGUAUACCGGGUAUUGAAAUAAAUAAAUAAAAUAGGGCUUCCUAGUAUAAAAUAAAGUUGGACAUUUAAGACAUUACAGCAGGUCUGUUGUGCAGUUUGGAAGGCUAAAUUAUGUUAUUACUGUACUUGUAGCCAAGUACUUGUACUAAAAUUUGUGAUUAGUAAAAAUUCUGUAUCAAGUGGCUGAAAUUCCUAGAAGCAUUAAUCUUUCUAUUACUGUAUUUUUUUUACUAUACAGGUAUACUGUAAAUAUCUUCCCUACACAGUUCUCUAAAAUAUGUUGGCAAAACUGAAGGAUUGGAUGAAUUUCCCAUUGUUUAUGCAAUGAGUAACUACCACAAUGUAUUAACCUUUAAUAGUAAGCUGUACAGUUGUGUAAGUGCAGUUACUGUCUAGCCUUUUCACUUUAUUUGUCUGUUGUAAUUAAUUUAUUAGGAAUUAAGAACAUUAUCCCCAGAACUUUCCCUUGUAUGUGUCUGACCCAACAGAAGAUCAGUGUACAGGUAUUAGCUCGAUGAAAAUAGGACGAAAGGACAAUGUACUGCUAGUGUUAGUUUGAUCUGCCAUCCAUAAAAAAGUGUUAGCCAUUGAGUGAUGUCACAUACAACUCUCAUAUUAAUGAAAAAAAAUGGUUUUAAUAAAAUGCUUUGAUUAUUAACAGCCCAUAUACAGUACUGUACAUCUGAGAACUAUUUAAAAUGUGAAUUAAAACAUUUUAAAAAUAGAAGUACGUAUACAACAGAACAAAAUUUAUUUUAGUACUCCAUCUUAAUGUAAAAUUAUAUAAAUAACAUUUUUAAUGUGAGUAUUGACUUAUGAACAGUGUCUUUAUCAGUGAUAUAAAUGGUAGUUAAAUGAUAAAAUUAUAAUAUCUAAUAUCUACAUUGUGCCUUGUUUGUUGUUCAGUGUUUGCAGUUGUGUGAACUUUUUUUUUUAUUUUUUAUUCGUUGAUUAUACAUUAACAUCUUAAAUGCAUGUUAAAAAAUGUCAUUAGUGUGCACUGUGUAUACACUUCUAGUCAACAUUACAGGUAUGCCUCCCUUUAUGAUAUGAUUAUAUUACUGAAAACCCAAUCAUAAA